AUGUUGGUGCAGGGAAGGGAGGAGGGUCUAGUGCCUGGCCACCCCACUGUAAAUCCAGGGAGGUGUGCGGUGAAUUCAUGGGUGCGCCCUGGAAUCUUGUUCGCCGGAAAUCCAGGGAGGUGUGACGUGAGUUCAUGGGUGCACCCUGGAAUCUUGUUCGCUGGAAAUCCAGGGAGGUGUGACGUGAGUUCAUGGGUGCACCCUGGAAUCUUGUUCACUGUAAAUCCAGGGAGGUGUGCGGUGAAUUCAUGGCUGCGCCCUGGAAUCUUGUUUGCUGUAAAUCCAGGGAGGUGUGCAGUGAAUUCAUGGGUGCACCCUGGAAUCUUGUUUGCUGGAAAUCCAGGGAGGUGUGAUGUGAGUUCAUGGGUGCGCCCUGGAAUCUUGUUCACUGUAAAUCCAGGGAGGUGUGAUGUGAAUUCAUGGGUGCACCCUGGAAUCUUGUUCGCUGGAAAUCCAGGGAGGUGUGCGGUGAAUUCAUGGGUGCGCCCUGGAAUCUUGUUCACUGUAAAUCCAGGGAGGUGUGAUGUGAGUUCAUGGCUGCGCCCUGGAAUCUUGUUCGCUGUAAAUCCAGGGAGGUGUGACGUGAGUUCAUGGCUGCGCCCUGGAAUCUUGUUCACUGUAAAUCCAGGGAGGUGUGCUGUGAGUUCAUGGGUGCGCCCUGGAAUCUUGUUCGCUGUAAAUCCAGGGAGGUGUGCGGUGAAUUCAUGGGUGCACCCUGGAAUCUUGUUCACUGGAAAUCCAGGGAGGUGUGAUGUGAGUUCAUGGGUGCACCCUGGAAUCUUGUUCGCUGUAAAUCCAGGGAGGUGUGCAGUGAAUUCAUGGGUGCACCCUGGAAUCUUGUUCACUGUAAAUCCAGGGAGGUGUGAUGUGAAUUCAUGGCUGCGCCCUGGAAUCUUGUUCACUGUAAAUCCAGGGAGGUGUGCGGUGAAUUCAUGGGUGCACCCUGGAAUCUUGUUUGCUGGAAAUCCAGGGAGGUGUGAUGUGAGUUCAUGGCUGCGCCCUGGAAUCUUGUUCGCUGUAAAUCCAGGGAGGUGUGACGUGAGUUCAUGGCUGCGCCCUGGAAUCUUGUUCACUGUAAAUCCAGGGAGGUGUGCUGUGAGUUCAUGGGUGCGCCCUGGAAUCUUGUUCGCUGUAAAUCCAGGGAGGUGUGCGGUGAAUUCAUGGGUGCACCCUGGAAUCUUGUUCACUGGAAAUCCAGGGAGGUGUGAUGUGAGUUCAUGGGUGCACCCUGGAAUCUUGUUCGCUGUAAAUCCAGGGAGGUGUGCAGUGAAUUCAUGGGUGCACCCUGGAAUCUUGUUCACUGUAAAUCCAGGGAGGUGUGAUGUGAAUUCAUGGCUGCGCCCUGGAAUCUUGUUCACUGUAAAUCCAGGGAGGUGUGCGGUGAAUUCAUGGGUGCGCCCUGGAAUCUUGUUCACUGGAAAUCCAGGGAGGUGUGCUGUGAGUUCAUGGGUUCACCCUGGAAUCUUGUUCACUGGAAAUCCAGGGAGGUGUGCUGUGAGUUCAUGGGUGCGCCCUGGAAUCUUGUUCACUGGAAAUCCAGGGAGGUGUGCUGUGAGUUCAUGGGUUCACCCUGGAAUCUUGUUCACUGGAAAUCCAGGGAGGUGUGCUGUGAGUUCAUGGGUGCGCCCUGGAAUCUUGUUCACUGGAAAUCCAGGGAGGUGUGCUGUGAGUUCAUGGGUGCGCCCUGGAAUCUUGUUCACUGGAAAUCCAGGGAGGUGUGCAGUGAAUUCAUGGGUGCACCCUGGAAUCUUGUUCACUGUAAAUCCAGGGAGGUGUGCUUUGAGUAUGGGUGCGCCCUGGAAUCUUGUUCACUGGAAAUCCAGGGAGGUGUGCUGUGAGUUCAUGGAUGCACCCUGGAAUCUUGUUCACUGGAAAUCCAGGGAGGUGUGCGGUGAAUUCAUGGGUGCGCCCUGGAAUCUUGUUUUUAAGGGUCCUGCAAAGCCCGCUGGGCUGUUGUGAAAUGAGGCAAGCUGUCGGUACCUGGUUCUGAGUGGUGAAAGGGUCUGGGUGAUGUCUUCGUUAGGGGCUUUUGACCUCAGUGGAAUUGAUUUUUAACAGAGACGUUGCGUUUUGAAGUUGCCCAUGGCACUUUUUCAUUCUUUUUACCAAAACAUCUAUUGGGAUAGUUUCCGCUUUUAAAAGCAAUAUUGAGGCCAGGUGCAAUGGCUCACGCCUAUAAUCCCAGCGCUUAAGGAGACAGAGAUGGGAAGAUAGCUUGAGCCCAGGAGUUUGAGACCUGCCUAGGCAACAUAGCGAAACACUAUAAUCCACAAAAAGGGGGAAAAAGAGACCAAAAAAAAAAUAAAAA